UUCAGUUCUCAAAUUGUGACUUCCUAACUACCUGUACAGAUGCCUGUUUGAACUGAUUAUCGCAGUUGUGACCCACCUAACAAGGCUACCAGGGAAGCUUGUUAGGUGGGUCGCGACUGACCAUGCUAUGCAUUUGCAAUCUCCAGUAGACUAUCACCACUACUACCGUGAUCGUCACGUCGUGGUGAGGUGCGCGCCGUUUUUCUUCAAACAAAUGAGCGGCUCUUUCCGAUUUGGUAGUGCUGCCGUAGUUACUAAAUUAGCUGCCAGUCUUAUAGUUCUCGCGAUCGAACAUCAAUCAUCGCUGCACUUUCGGUGGCGCGCUUUCGCAACCAAUUUUUCAUCAUCUCGCCGUGGACUGGAGAUCGAUGGAGAGCUUUCAUUGCAGCCUCAGGCAAAAAGAUUGCUGAGGGCACGAUCAAGUCGUGAUGGCGCAAAAAAGCGUCCUCGCAGCUUCUAACGAUGCAUCAGUGCCCUUAGGGGCCGCCGGCGCCACCAACGGGCCUGUCAGCCUCCGCAACUAACCCCGGAGUACCUCCACAUUUCAUCAACCUCAACCGUUGAUUGAACCAUCUUUCCAUGCCCCGAGAAUAUCCCUACAGUAGAGACAUUCAUGGAUA